CGGUGUUUGCGCUGGAGCUGACAGGGGGCCGAGGCGAGCCCCCCGCCUUGUGCAACACAUCCUUCUAUUCUGCGGUAAAGAUGGCGGCGUCAGAGGGGGCGCGCAGCGGCUCGACAACGGGAAAACGGCUCUGAUUCGAUCCACUUUCACUGCUUAAACUCUUCGGAGAGCUUUCGUUACUCCUCAUAAUUCAUCUGGACCACCCGGAUAGAGAAAGUCGCUGUCACACGCCAGGGUUGUGAUUUUAUUGUUAAGAGGCAGGCUGGGUGGGUUUCGCUGGUAGCUGCUAUCGUUAGCCGAGCCAGCUAACACGGGCUAGUUCACGUUCGUGGAGAACGCCGGAGAGAGGAUUCGGGCUAGGCCGCUGCAGCUCGGGGGAAUGUGAACCGUAGGGACACGGUGGGGGGAGGUUUGCUUGCUUGGUCCCAAACGUCCUCACGCAAAAGUACCGGGAUGGGACAGCAGGUUGGCCGCGUCGGUGAGGUUACAUCGACCGCACUCCAGCCGCCACAGCCCCAUGCGUCCCAGCCACACCAGGGGAAGGGGAGCCGGGGGAGCGUCGCCGGGAGGAGACCCCGGGAACCCGGCUGCAGCACCAUGAUGCCGCCGGUCAGGACAACCGUGACCAACGCACCCGAUCCAGGGAUAAAUAUAUUCACGCAGCAUUCAGAAGUUCUGACCGAGGCAGUGCGAUGGAGCUCUAAGGAAAACCUGCUGGGGGCGACUGAGAGCGACCCCAACCUCUUCGUUGCACUUUAUGACUUUGUUGCUAGUGGGGACAACACACUCAGCAUCACCAAAGGUGAGAAGCUGCGUGUGCUGGGCUACAACCAGAAUGGAGAGUGGAGUGAGGUGCGGUCGAAGAACGGCCAGGGUUGGGUGCCCUCCAACUACAUCACGCCGGUCAACAGUCUGGAGAAGCACAGCUGGUACCACGGACCGGUCUCCCGCAGCGCUGCAGAGUACCUGCUUUCCUCCCUCAUCAACGGCAGUUUUCUGGUCCGGGAAAGUGAAAGCAGCCCUGGCCAGCUGUCCAUCUCUCUGCGAUACGAGGGAAGAGUGUACCACUACCGGAUCAACACGGCCACUGAUGGGAAGGUGUACGUCACAUCCGAGAGCCGUUUCGCCACCCUGGCUGAGCUGGUCCACCACCACUCCACUGUACCUGACGGCCUGGUCACCACGCUGCACUAUCCUGCACCCAAAUGCAACAAGCCCACUGUGUACGGCGUUUCCCCCAUUCACGAUAAAUGGGAGAUGGAGCGCACAGACAUCACCAUGAAGCACAAGCUGGGAGGAGGCCAAUACGGGGAGGUUUAUGUUGGAGUUUGGAAGAAGUACAACCUCACUGUGGCUGUCAAAACGCUCAAGGAGGACACUAUGGAAGUUGAGGAGUUUCUGAAAGAGGCAGCGGUUAUGAAAGAGGUUAAACACCCAAACCUCGUUCAGCUACUUGGUGUGUGCACAUUGGAGCCUCCUUUCUACAUUGUGACAGAGUACAUGCCACAUGGCAACCUCCUGGAUUACUUGAGAGAUUGUGAAAAGUCUGAGGUGAAUGCUGUGGCACUGCUCUACAUGGCCACACAAAUCUCCUCUGCUAUGGAAUAUCUGGAGAAGAAGAAUUUCAUCCACAGGGACCUGGCGGCAAGAAAUUGCCUGGUGGGUGAAAAUCACGUUGUUAAAGUUGCGGACUUUGGUCUGAGCCGCUUGAUGACCGGUGACACUUACACUGCUCACGCCGGAGCCAAGUUCCCCAUCAAAUGGACGGCACCAGAGAGCCUUGCAUACAACACCUUCUCCAUCAAAUCUGACGUCUGGGCAUUUGGUGUGCUGCUGUGGGAAAUUGCCACCUACGGCAUGUCUCCAUACCCAGGCAUAGACUUGUCUCAAGUGUACGAUCUCCUGGAGAAAGGCUAUCGCAUGGAGCAACCAGAAGGAUGUCCACCCAAAGUUUAUGAACUAAUGAGAGCAUGCUGGCAGUGGAGUCCUUUAGAUCGACCAUCAUUUGCAGAGAUACACCAGGCCUUUGAGACAAUGUUCCAUGACUCCAGCAUUUCAGAAGAGGUUGCAGAGGAGUUGUGUAAGACGGCGCACUCUGUGAGUCACGACAUGCCCCUGUUGCCUUCCAAAUCCCGCACACUCCACAAGCACACGGAGAACAAGGAAAACAUCGAGGGUGGACUGGACGGCCACUCUGACCACAGCACCCACAGCCACUCAGGUUGGACUUCUUUGUUCGGAGGGGACGGCCGAUCAAGCAGCUCCCCAGCUCUCCCAAGAAAGCAGCAACCUCGAGAUAAAUCUCCCAGCAGCCUCUUGGAGGAUGCGCAGGACAUCGGCACAUUCACACGAGACCGCAAAACUGGCUUCUUUAGCUCCUUCAUUAAAAAGAAGUCUACCUCCUCUUCCUCCUCAUCCUCUUCGCCGUCUUCCCAGGUGCAACAGAACCUUCCCACACCUCCCAAGAGGAGCAGUUCCUUCCGGGAGAUGGAGACGCAGCCUCACAAGAAAUAUGAACCCACAGCCGACUUCAGCGCACCUCCGCCCUUGCCCCAGUCGGACAGUUUAGGGGGCUUCUCUGCCUCUCCCUCUCACUCACACGGGGAGGCCACCCAGUCCCAGUCUCGCUGCUGUGGGGCCGCUUUCGGACAGAAACCUUCCGCCGGGGGCCUUGGUUCUCAGCUGACGAGCGGCAGCAGCUGGAGUGGACUGGCUGGUUUCUUCACCCCCAGACUCAUCAAAAAGACCCUGGGCCUUCGUACUGGAAAAACAGCCUCUUCAGAUGAGAGUGGUAUAGUUGGAGGACCGAAACCUUUCCCUAGGUCGAAUUCUACCUCCUCGAUGUCAUCUGGGCUGCCGGACCUGGAGCGCAUGGCUCUGACUUUACCGAGAAACCGCAGCGCAAAGCCGCCUCUGGAGAGAACUGCCUCCACAACAUCUCAGCCGGAGAACGGGGCCGCUCGUCCCUCCGAAAAUUUGUUGAGGAGGAUGGAUGAGGGAACCGCGCAGAUCAGGGAUAGGCCAAAAGCCAAGCUACUACCCCGGGGUACUGCUGUAGGGGUGAGGGCACCUGGGGUCGGGGGGGAGGUCGGGGAAUCAGAAAGUCUGUCUCGGGUGAGAGACAGCAGAGAGGAAGGUGGAGGGCUGGACAGGCAGCAGAGUUGGUCGUCUCCUUCCAAGAACUCCACCUCAACUCAUAACCACAAAGUCCCGGUCCUCAUCUCCCCGACGCUGAAGCACAGCCCAGCCGAUGUGCACCUGGUCGGGCUGGACUCUCAGGGGAAUCGCUUCAAGCUGCUGUCUGAGCACCAAGGCGAGCGGGACAGGCCACGGCUGGUAAAACCCCGCUGCGCUCCUCCUCCUCCCCCGACUCUACGUGGUCUGCAGCAGUCCUACAGCUGUGACAGUGAGGACCAGGUCAGUGGAGCCCCUGUGGAAGUGAACGGAGACGCAGUAAAAGGUCAGAGGUCAGGGCGAAUGUCAGGAGGAGCAACGACAGGUAGACCAUCAGUGCCACCGCCACAAGUGCCUCCUGCUUCUUCAUCCUCCUCCUGUCCUGCGAGCACCAACACGACUCCCACCAAAAUGGCCAACGGAGCUGCUACCACCGCCUCCUCCUCUUCACAAACAGCACCAUCUGCUGGCUCCAAAGUGGCACUGCGGCGAACCAGGCAGCAGGUGGAGAGGGUGCCCCUGGAGAGGGCUAGCCGCGAAGCCCUGCUGGAGUGCGCUGAGAGCCUCAGCAGCGUGCUCAGCGCCAGCUCCGACAGCCCCUCCAGCAGCCAGGUUCUGGACGCCGGCCACCAGCUGCUGGACUGCUGCUCAGGUUAUGUGGACUGCAUCCCUCAAAUGAGGAACAAAUUUGCCUUCCGAGAGGCAGUGGGCAAGCUGGAGCUGAGCCUGCAGGAACUGAGGGCCUCUUCUUCUGGAGGCGGGGGCCUGAGCAGUGUGGGGUCCAACACUGUGCUGGACAACCUGCACAACUGUAUCAAAGAGAUUAGCGACGUAGUACAGAGGUAGCCACUGUGAUCACACAAACCAUCACCUCUACUACCAGGCAAAUCACUUACAGUAUAUUCCGAUUUUGUUUUUUGUUUUUUUUUGUUUCUGGUUCAGCUAUUUGGGGCACAGAUUGAAAUAAAUCUCUACAGUACCUCACAAAAUUCACUACAAAACAUGUUUUUAUUGUUUACAGAAACCUGUUUCCUAAAAUGCCAGUGUGGUCACUAAGUUGUUGCUCUUAGCUGUACAUAUUUUGAGAAAUAUUUCACUAAACUAAACUAAAUGUGGUUCAAGUCACACUUUGCAAUGUUUUGCUACAAGUUUUUAUUUGGCCAAAGAAAGCCUCUUUGUUACCUGAAUGAGUGUAUGAGCUGUGUGUGUCGUCAGCCAACCGGGUGGGGAAGAACUCACCCUGCUUCUCUGUUGCAUACUUAGAAGAGACAGGGAUGGUUGAGGGCAGUCUUAAACUCAUUGUUUCAUAAGUAUGUGGACCAUCAGCUGGAUGUAUUGUUUCACAGUGAGGAAUUGUGUGACCAUAAGCCAUUUUUCUAAAGCCAUUGGGAAUGUAAGGAUGUGGAACCAGCAUCAGGAUUCAGUAGCAUUCAAAACUUGGGGUGUCAAAUUUAGUGUUUUCUUUAUCAGUUUUCAGCUUUAUUUACAUUUCAAUCAGUAGCCAGGAUUUUGGGGGAUUUUUUCCAACAUGUCAUAACUUUUCAGAGCAACUGAAGGGACACUUACUUUAUACUCUAAUCUAAGCAGGUCAAAAUAAAGACCAAAAAAAUAAAGUAUGUCCUGAUACACAUACAGAUCCCAGUGAUUUAAGAUUACGCAUUUCCCCAGACAUAAUAUCAGCCUGGUUCUUCUGCUAAUAUGAGUGAUAUCUUUAACAGAACAGUACAUUUCAUCAGUUACUCACUAAUGACAGACAAGAUACUGAAGUCUGAUCCAUUUUGUGUCCCAGAGGCUGCUCCACCUAGAAGUUAAGGUAAUGAAAUAUUUUUGACAAACCGUCACUUGAAACACUCAUAGCACAUCUUUUGUUUAUAAAGAUAUAUCUGGCCCGAUACAUACAGGUACAGUUCUUUACAAAAGCUUGCUAUUUUCAUUUGGAGCAGUUUGCUAACAUAGUAGCCUAAUUUCCUGUUUUUAUGUGUCUCUUUCUUAACUGGGCUGGUAACAAAUUCCAGUUUACAGAGGAAGUAUUUUUCUGUACUUCUCAACUCAAUGCUUUGCUUUAGACAUCAUAAAUGUUAGGGACUGGUGUUUCAGCUGCUCUCUACUAAACUGUCUUUAUGCCGAAGUUAACUUUGGAUGCACAGCAGUCAUGUGGCAUAGGCAGAAUGAGGGUGGAGCAGCAAAUGACAUAAAAGGUAAAAACACUGGGAUUGUUGGUAUGUUGAAUCAAAAACAUAAUGUCCACAUAAAACUGUGCAUAUGAAAACAGGCAUAUCUCACUAUUUUCUGAAGACUGUAGAUCAACAGCUAUCAACAGUUGAGUUUCUUUGGGGAAUCCUAAUAUAGAUCAUUUAAAAAUCACUGAGACAGGUGGAAUAUCUGAGAUUGGAUUGGGACUAUAAAGGAAAUCCCGUAUUCAUUAUUUAACCAUUAUGACUGAAUGUAACUGAGGUUUAGAUGGUGACAAAUCCUGAACAUCCCUGAAAUAUUUCAAUAAAAAUUUUUUUGUAAUUUUCUUUAUAUUCAGAUCACAUAAUAGUUGGGAGGUGGAAAGCACAGGAUGGCAGCAGGGUGACCUGGAUGUGUUUUCUUUAAGUGUCCUUCACAGGAUGGGCAGUGCUGGAUUCCCUGUAGCCUUGUAGGGCCCCAGUGCCUCAGAUUAUUUAAUGAGUGCAGAGACCUACUUUACACCUGUCACACAGGACUGAACUCUCACCAGACUAAACUGCAGUACGUCUUUAGCACAUGAGCGACACAUGGAUUUAUUUGACUUGGAGAGAGAAAUGCUUUUUAGAAUGUAUGAAUUUUAACUAAAUUAUUUUUGUUCAAAGCACAGGCAUAUUUUGAGAGGAAAAUUAUGGAGAUUUUUCAUUUAUUUCUUCAGAUUUAAAGAGUAUGUGUGUCGAUGGCUUAAAGAGAAAUGUUGUGAGAGAUCUCUUUGAAUGUAUUAACCCUCUUUCCUGAACCUGAUAAAAUGUUUGACUUUUGUCUUUAUUUUCCUACAGUGCCAUGUUUCUUUUACACCUGCAGG